UGAAGAUGACAGCGAUGGAGUUGAAACUGGUAUUAUGUUUUCUUCUUGGCUUCUUCUCCGUUUCAUCAGCGGAAAGUCAAUAUCAAGUGCAGUUUGUGGAAAAGGGACCGACCCACUAUCCAUAUGCCGGCCGUGUAGACGUGUUUAUCGAUGGAGAUUGGGGAGGCAUUUGUGCUGCUGACUGGGACAUGAACGAUGCUGAGGUGGUCUGCCGGGAGUUAGGCUUUGGCUACCCCUACGGUAUCACAGUCGUUGGUGGUCCACCUGCUGGAAACGGUACCGAGUGCUUGUCUAGGGUAAAGUGUUACGGCCAUGAAGAACACCUCUCAGAAUGCAAAGUUACCAAGAGAACGCGAACAAAUACUACAGUUGAAAGUGGCAUAGUCUGCUACCCUCCCGCAAGUACAUACGAACAAGAUGAUGAGUUUACUUCGUCAAUCGCAGGAUCGUCAGACGUUGACCCGGAUUACGACCCAUCAUCUUAUGUUGGUCCGGGAUUGCGGCUUAGAUACGGACCUGAUCAGUAUUCAGGCCUUGUAGAGGUCAAGCUGGCAGGUGGCAGUUGGAGUCGACUGUAUCUUUAUUAUUAUUGGGAUUUGUCUCCGUAUCAGUAUAUCUCGAACAUCUGUCGUCAGCUUGGAUUCGGGGAGCUCAACUUCUGGGAUAGUUUUGAAUAUGACAUCACGUACAGACACCUACCCCCUGGACAUCCACCCACUGAUAACAACCCCCAGUCAACUACCCCUUAG